UUCCCCCAAGUUAUUUCCCCGAAACGAACGGUUGUUAUCCCUUUAACCAGGUGACUUCUAGGGGGCUUAGGCUUACUUGGGUACCUGAGGCAGUUUAAAACCUCUUUUUCAGGAACUAAGAAAGAGGAACUACUUGAUUAGUCGACUUGGGAUAGUGUCCUUGGUAAAGAACAGGAGGAUCGGCUUUGCAAUUUGGACGUUUCAAGGCCCAUAAAGCAAUUACCAUAACGACACUCGUUUGACAUUUCCAGAGUUCCAAUCAGAAAUUACUCGAAGAUGUCUUCUAAAAAUGCCCCCCUUCUUCAAGUGAUCUAUGUAGCGCUAUUAGUCUACAUCCUUGUACAAAUCUACCUAAGUGGGGUCUUUAUUGUCACUGACAAGAAAAGUAUGUCUAAUUUGGAAAAUAAUGAGCAGUAUGACUCCACUAAAAUGUACUCUCAAGCUCGAUUGAUUAAUAUGAAAAUGAACAGGGACAAUACAGAUAAGUCACGUGAUCUCGAGGACACUCCAGAAAGGAGAAACUCUCCUGGUGUACACAGCAGACACAGGAAACGGUACACACGAGGCAGCGAAUUUGCCUUAAACAAUCUGAACACCAAACGUAUCGAAGCUUCUAAUACAGACAAAGUAAUAAAGGAAUCUAACGAACCCCACAAUUUCAAAAGCCACGUGCAGCAAACGGAAAUAAGUUUACCUCUAGUUGGACGCAGCAAACCAAUUUCAAUUGAAACAUUCCCCAGAGAAUUGACAUUUAAAUAUGGCGCAUUCAAUAUGGCCGAACCGAACUGUGUGGACGAGGAGGACUUAGAAAAGUUCCGCAAACAUCCUCUCAACGUUGAACUAAUGCAACAGAGCGCCGAACAACUGAGGGGAGUAAUACGGAUAAUUGACAAUGGCAUCUUCAAUAAGUCAAUAAGUCGAUCCAACUGUGGAUGGAAGAGCCCUUUUGAUGAAAUAAAGUCAGAAAAUUUAUCCUCGACUGCUGCUGUCCAUGUUGACAUUCUCUGUCCUCUUAUAGUUCCCGGUGGAUCCUCCUUCCAACAUUUCUUAGACGGUAUUCUACCCAAGAUUGUCCAAGCGCUUGAUUUGUUGCGGAACAAAGGCGUAAAAAUCUUGAUACCUUUAAGUAGAGAUGUAAUUAUAUUGGAGAUCUUGGAAGCACUUGGAAUCGGGAAAGAUAAGAUUCUUUUCCACGCUGGUAGAAUUUAUGCAGCAAGGAAGAUGAUCUACACGUGUAUUACGCCGCCGUUACACCCGACCCUGUGGCAAAAUGCACACAAACUCAUGAACGCUCCUGAAAAACUCCCUGUACCUCGUGAGGAGGCAUAUAUCAUUUUGUUAACCAGAAAGCAGAGCCAUAAUGGGGGAAGAAAUAUGCUGAACCAGAUAGAAGUUCUAGCAUUCCUAGAGAAAAGAUACCGGAAAGACAGAGUAAUAGUCUACCCGGGAAGGUACAACCUCACAACAUCUGUGAGCGUUUUUGGGCGUGCGCGCGUCCUGAUUGGUGUUCACGGAGGCGCCCUCUAUAAUCUAAAUUUUGCCUCAAGUGACGUCAGCGUUGUAGAAAUACUUCCGUCAGAUGGUGCUGGUAACCCAAUCCCCCCGGGUAUAGCUCACUCGAUCUUUUGGUCCAUGUGCAAUAUGUUGAAUCAGUCGUAUUGGAGAAUUUAUAAUAAAGCAGAAACACGGAAUGGUGACGUUAUUGUUGACCUUGUCAAAUUGGACCGGGUUUUGGAUAGGAUUGAUCAGCACUUUUAAUAGUUUCUUUAACAAUAUUAAUAGGCCUACAUAUAAGAAAUGUAUUUAGAAAUACAUUUUUUUUGUUCAAACUACAGAGCAGUGGCUGAAAUGUGUAUUUCAGAUUGAAUUA